AUGGGAGCUGGCGCCUCGGCAAAUCGGAACACAGAAAAUAAAUACGCUUAUUCGAUGACAACUGAUAACAUUGAUAGAUGGAAUGAAGAUAACGGACUUGCAGUUGUUGCUGGAAUUGAUUUUGGAACAUCUUACUCCGGAUAUGCUUUCUCGUUAAAAGGCUCCCUUGACGUCAUCAGCACACAGAAGCAUGGCGGCAGACUUCCAAAGGACCGGGUUCCGACGGUAAUACUGCUCAACCCCGACCAGACGUUUAACUCGUUCGGGUACGAUGCCAUUGAGACUUACAGUGGCCUUUCUGUGGAUGUGAGACCACGUUACUUUUACUUUGAGAAUUUUAAGAUGUUCCUGUACGAGACCAUGCACGGAAAGGCCACGGUGAACUUGUACACACUACACCUGCGGGCCGUGAAGGAGAUGGGGCUGAAGGAUGUGGCGCAGCUGGAACAGCUUCCUUAUAACCAGUGGCCAAAGUACCUACAAACAUAUAUCGAUUCAGAUAUCAAACACAAUUCACACUCUCGAUUUUUAAGAAUAAAGGACACUUUAAAAAAAGAAAUAGAUGCACAACAAUUAUUCUCUCUAGCAUUCAAGUACUUUAGAGAUCUUGCAGUGGAAACAGUGGACCUGUCAACACAUGGUCUGAAUGAAAAGUACAUUCAGUGGAUGAUCGGCAUUCCAGCUGUCUGGUCAGACACAGCCAAACAUUUCAUGCGUCAGGCAGCAAAGGACGCCGGCAUGCGUCCUGAAAACCUACGACUCGUCCUUGAACCAGAGGCGGCCUCUCUUUUCUGUGAAGAGCACGCAGUUGUGGCGUCUGGGAACACAUUAGAUAGACUUCCAGUUGGUCACAAGUACAUCCUGGCUGACCUUGGAGGCGGCACGGCGGACAUUUGUGUUCACGAGAUCAUGAGCGCAGGAAGACUGAGGGAAUUGUACAGGGCCACAGGCGGAGACUUCGGGGGAAAUACGGUGAACAAGGAGUUUGAAAUAUUUAUAUCAAACGUUGUAGGAUACAAUAUCACAACAUUGCUGCUCGUUGGAGGUUACGCUGAGUCUCAGUACAUAAGGGAGAAAAUCAAGUCAGCAUUUCCGAACUUCAGAUUUAUGCUUCCUUCUGACUCGCGACUGGCCGUGUUGAAAGGCACCGUUAUGAUGGGAUACAAGCCGAGAAACAUCGUAGAACGGAGGUCCCGGUUCACAUAUGGGUUUUGUUGUAACGAGGCAUUUUUACCGGGCGAGCAUCCGAGGGAAUUAAGAUUGAUCAAUGAUGGUGAAGAAAUGUGUAGGGGGGUGUUCGUGAAGAUGAUAGAGAAGAAUCAGUUGGUGAAUUAUGGCGACACCUUCACAUGGGAGGGACACUACUCAGCAGUAGAUAUGCACAAUAAACAUAUAGCAAGGGAAACCGCACUUUGGCGUUCUUGCCACUCGAACCCACGCUUCUGCCUUGACAAGGAGGGCAGCGAGCUGCUGGGUAUAGAGGACCAGUUCUGUGAGAAGGUGGGUAAGUUCGUCAUUAAACCGCCGCACGAGGGGUGGCCAAACUAUUGGAAUUGUGAGACACAGCUUAUUGUCGGGGAGACAGAACUUAUUGUGAAAUUCAUUAAUAAGAACACUGGACAAGUGUAUGAAACGAACAUGAACUUCUUUUAA